GCUUCGUUCCAGUGGGACCUGCACGGAGGCGGUGUCUGCGAUGCCUCAGCCCCUCCUGUGCUGUCCUGAGAUGGCCGUGCUUCUCCUCACAGGUAUUCUGGUGGCCCCAGGUGUGGGGAGCCACCCUCUGGACACCCCCCUCCGGCCACACGAGCGGCCUCCAGGACUCGCAACGAAUCUCAAUCUCACGUUCUUCAAUGGGCUGUUUAAAAACGUGGAAAGUGCGACUGAAAUCUUCGACUGCCUGGGCUCCCACUUCACCUGGCUGCAGGCCGUCUUCACCAACUUCCCCGCGCUGCUCCAGUUCGUAAGCGGCAUGAAGUGUGUGGCGGGUCUCUGCCCCCGGGACUUGGAAGACUACGGCUGCGCCUGCAGGUUUGAGAUGGAAGGGCUGCCGGUGGAUGAGCCUGACAGCUGCUGCUUCCAGCACCGCAGGUGCUACGAGGAGGCUGCCGAGAUGGACUGUAUCCAGGACUCCACCAAGAUUAUCACCGACGUCAACUGCAUCAGCAAGAAGAUCGCGUGUGACUCCAGCGACCCUUGUGAGCGCCUGCUGUGCACCUGCGACAAGGCCGCGAUAGAGUGCUUGGCCCGGGCCACGGUCAACUCCUCCCUGAACCUCCUGGACACCUCCUUCUGCCUGGCUCAGCCCCCGGAGGCAUCCAGCACGCAGGAGCUAACGACCCCUCUGCCUAGAGCGGAAGCUGUCGCUCCCACAGACACCAGCCUGGGGGCCCUCUCAGGAGAAGUGUCUGCUGAUACCAGAGCUGACCAGCGGACCACGCUCUCCAGGACCAGUCAGCUGACCUCGCUCUUUAGGACACAACCACCCCAAGACCAGGAAGGCCCAGGCGCCGCGAGGACCACAAGCCCUGCAGGGUCUGAAGAGAUUGCUGCCACCGCGAGAGGGGCGACCGUGGCUCCUGCCGGCACCCCAUCUUCGGGGCUGGCUGUGGCAUCCGUCCAAAGCGGCCCCGAGGAGACGGCUGGAAGAGCUUGCGACAGGUACACCUUCCUGCACCUGGGGAGUGGGGACAGCACACAGGUGAUGCCACAGCUGGGGGAGAUGCUGUUCUGUCUGACAGCCCGGUGCCCGGAGGAAUUCGAGUCUUACGGCUGCUACUGUGGGCAAGAGGGACGAGGUGAACCGAGGGACGCCCUGGACAGGUGCUGUUGGGCUCACCACUGCUGCCUGCAGCAGGUGACGAGGCUGGGCUGCCUGCUCGAGAGGCUUCCUCGGUCGCCGGUGGUGUGCGGGGACGGGACAGCCAACUGUGUGGGGCAGAGCCUGUGUGCCAAGCUGCUCUGUGCCUGUGAGCAGACCGCGGCCGAGUGCAUGGCCUCGGCCUUCUUUAACCAGAGCCUCGCGUCGCCGGGCAGACAAGAGUGCCAGGGUGACCGGCGCCCCUGCGAGGACGGCGGCCGCGGAGGGCCUUCGGCUUCCUCCCUCAGCUCCAGCUCGGAGGAGGACAGCGAGGAGGCCACGCCCCCCGCGGCACACCUGCGCCGCACCAGGUUCCUGGGGCGGUCCCUUGGUGCCACAGGGGCCAGGCCGCAUGGCCCCAGGUAGAGCCCCGGAGCACAUGCCAGGCUCACCCUGUGCUCUGGCUCCUGAGGCCUCUGGGCAGAGGCUCACAGGCACCAUGUCGAUGUGCACUUGGAGGAGGCG